AUGUGUAUUCCAGGAGUUCCUAUUCCAGGUCCAGUUAUGUUCUUCAUAUUCGGGUUUCCCGAGUUUGACAGCAACAUAAAGAAAUAUGAAGGUGUCAAGCUCCAUUGCGAUAGAUGCAAUAACGAUUCCAUGGAGGCUAUACGUCAUAGAAGGUUUUUUUCCAUGUUUUGGAUCCCGUUUCUGCCGUUACAUUUCAGCAAGAGAAUAAAAUGCACCAUCUGCGGGUCGUUUAGAGAUGUCUCCAAAAGUGAGAUUGAUCAACUGUUCAAGCGUUAA